ACGCAGCCACUGUUUGAGACGGAAGACUGCGGAGUGUAUCUCCAGUUACUGCGAACCAAGAGAAAAACUCAAGAAAAGUGCAGGCAGAACAGGUCAGAUCAAAAACAUGUCGGGGUUUCUGGAUGGGAUCAGAUGUGGCGAUUGCGAGUGUAAUGUGGACUGGGGUGAGAAGAGAAACACCAUCGCCUCCAUCGCAGCCGGAGUUCUGUUUUUCACAGGCUGGUGGAUCAUCAUUGAUGCAGCGAUAAUGUACCCUAAAGAGGAACAGUUCCACCAUGCAUAUCAUACCUGUGGGGUUAUAGCGACUAUAGCCUUCCUCAUGAUCAAUGCGGUGUCAAAUGGCCAGGUGAGGGGCGACAGCUACAGCGAGGGCUGCUUGGGACAGACAGGCGCCAGAGUUUGGCUCUUCAUCGGGUUCAUGUUGGCAUUCGGGUCUCUCAUCGCCUCUAUGUGGAUUUUGUUUGGUGGUUUUGUUGUGACUGAGACAAAGGAUCUGUCAGUGUAUCCUGGUAUUGCAGUUUUCUUCCAAAAUGCAUUCAUCUUCUUUGGUGGUCUGGUGUUCAAGUUUGGCAGAACUGAGGACCUCUGGCAGUAAAGGUCCAUUUCCUCCAAUCAAAUCCCACAGUCCAUCAACACACAAUUCCUCUGUACUUAUUGCUGCUUAUUUGCACUCUCUAUUUCUUUCUCUCCCCUUUUCAAUUCCUCAGCUGACUCCUGUUCUUAAAUAUGUUCCUUCUUCCUUUCUUUGUCUCUCUUCCUGUGUGGCCACAGUGGGCGCCCACAGCGAGAGAAAUACAAAUCAAAUCCAGUCUCUGCGGUCAAAAUGGACACGUUUAGACCUCGUCCUGCGUGUAUAAUAAAAAUGACUUGUACAGUGAAAUUACAAUGACAGAACUGCAGAAUACUGACUAGUGCCGAUGUCUUCAGUCUUCUGAAAAAAAAAACAUUGUUGAAAUGUUAAGCAUAAUUGAUUGACAAAAUAUUGUUACGUGAUAUUGUGGAACAGCAGCAGGGAGUUUUUGAGCAAAAUCUUCAAUAACCAAAAUGAGCGUGACUGGCUUUCAGUCCUUCACUGUGUUUCUAUUUAAUGUGUUGUCAUUUGAAUAAAAGUCAUUUCUUUUUGCAUAAGCCACCAAAAUGAUCUGUCAGAACACUUUUGUUUAUAAUCUUUCGAAAUUUUGCGCAGUGUGCCGAUUUAAGAACACACUCCUGUCAUAGUUGCGUCUCAACCUUCAGUCAGCUGAUAUUACUACAAUAAGCGCUUUAUUCUACGUCUUGCUUUUGGAAGAUUUUAUAUAUUAUGUUACAUGGGUUCCCACACAUUUUCCAGUCAUUCAGUUUUUUUUAAAUUUUAAAAAUGAUUUUACACCGAAUGCACUGAGCAAAGUAGAAACAUGUAUAUUCACUGUCAAUAUUUUUCAUUUCUGUGCAACUAGUAAAACCAAACAGCAUAUUUCUAUGAGUUUGACUGUGGGAAGCUGGGUUAUAUAUUUUGUAGCUUUAAGUUCACUCUCUGUGUAUGUUUGGGCAUGUGGGAGUUGUAUAAAAAUGUUAAUGUUUUUAAAAAGCACAAUUUCUUAUUUCAGUGGUUAUGGGAGAAUAAGGUGAGAUGUGAGUCUCAAAAAUAUCGACUCUACUAACAAAUUAGAUUCUGUGAUUUCUACAUGCUAAAAGAAUGUAACAUUUUAAUGUAAUCCAUGUCUCUUUAUGACAAAAAGUAGCUGAACUUCAUCCAACUGUGGGUUUAAAUGAAUAAAAUUAUUGUAAAUA